AUGGCCAACAAGCGUUCGGCCUCGCCAGCGUCUCCUUCGAGUCCCUCUGCAUCUCCCAGCCACAAAUCAGCGCGGAUAGUGUCGGAUGCACGUGAACUCGUCUGCUCGCUUCCGCCGACCUGCUCCCGCAAUGGUGGCACUCGGCUGCAGGGCACCAAGGAGCUAGAAGCCCAUUAUGCGAAGUUCCAUGCACACGUAUGCAGUGCGCCUGGCUGCGAAUGUAUAUUCCCCGAGGCACGACUACUCGAGCUUCAUCUGACGGAAUGCCACGACCCUCUAGCUGAUGUCAGAAAAGAGCGCGGAGAGAAGAUUUUCGCGUGCCACCUCGCUACUUGUCCCAAAUAUUUCCGUACCCCAAAGAAUAGGCGAAACCAUCUAAUCAGCGCGCACGGGUAUCCACGCCAAUACUUCUUUGCCAUCACGAAUUAUGGUAUGGGGGAGAUGUUGCGGCGGUGGGGAGAGGGAGCGAGUAUGGUGCGCGGGGAUUGGAAACCCCGUGAUCCCGCAGAGAGCGGAAGCAGCGACGAAGAGGACGCGAUGGAGGAAGACGAUCCCCAGGAUACAAGAGCGAUACACACGCAGGAAGCGAAUGGCCGACAAGCGCCACCGCACAUGUCUACACCGUCUACAUCUGCCUCGCGCCCGUUGCCCACACCUCAACCACAAAGACCGCAGUCCACAAUCAAGGCUCCCCCAACUUCAUCACAAUCUAUUCACUCUACGACGCAACAGCAGAGCAGCAACACCGAUGCUCUUGAUAAUCUUGCCGAUACUAUGUCUUCACUAUCUCUCGUACCGACUUCUAUUCGCUUCGGUCGCGGCGCCAAAUCUUCCGGGCAUACCGGCCGCCACAGCCACUCUGUCUCCUUUGCAUCGCCUGUUGCCCAAUCCAACCCUUUGCCUCCACAAACUUCCGUAUCGGCCUCUUCACCACCGACCAAGCAGCAAGCGACGACAAAGGAUACUCCCGCACCUGCACUUGGGAGCGGAUUGGCGGGUCUCAAGCUCAAUCCGGCGCUCAUAUCACCGCCCCAGAACCAUGCGAAAGCCCCGAUUCCGAACGGGAGCGGGACUUCGAAGGACGGGAAGACGGGUGCCACAGCUCUGAACGGAAGGGAGCGGCGUCAAAUCCGUAUCUUCGUGGCCAUGGGUCGAGAGGAGGGUUUACGCCUAGGGGUGGGUUCGGCCCCCGAGGACGCGGCUUUGGGCCGCGAGGACGAGGAAGGAUACUUCGAGGUGGUAGAGGCAGAGGUGGAUGAUGAUAUAGAUGAGGAUGAGGAGGCUUGA